AUGAGAUUCCUUGCUCGCUGCUGCUUCGUAAAGACGGACUUGCACGAAGAAGCCACAACUCUUCGCAGGCGAUGCAUCCACCGUCUCUGGAUACACCUCUCCCCUACUACAGACUCCAGGAUUACCCAAACUCGCCGCCUGCGCCUGCGACUCCGCCUGAUACAGGCUCCUCCAACUGGCCGCCUCCGUCUCCGUCUCCGUAAAGUUGAAGUAGUUUCAAGUCCAGUGUCACGAACUACUUCUGGCCUUGUAUUAGGACCUCAAACGUUUACAUAUCAAGAAUUAAAAUUGGCAACAGAUGGAUUCUCAAGGUCAAAUUUUCUGGGCGAAGGUGGUUUUGGCAUUGUCCAUAAAGGAGUCCACCCCAGUAAGAAUAAUAAAAGUGUUGCCAUUAAGCAGCUUGAAUCUACAAUGGAAGAGGCAAAGAGGGAUUUCCAGUCUGAGGCCGUGAUCAUUAGUCGAAUCCAUCGCAAACAUCUUGUUUCACUUGCUGGAUACUGCGUUGAUGAAGUUCACAAAAAGGUGAUGCUUGUUUAUGAGUAUGUCCCAAAUAGAACCCUAGCGCACCACCUGCAUGGAGAAGGCACAACACAUGUAGACUGGGAAACAAGGAUGAAAAUUGCUGUUGGCUCUGCUCAAGGAUUGAAAUAUCUGCAUGAAGACUGUCAUCCUCCAAUCAUACACCGUGACAUCAAGGCGGACAACAUUCUUCUUGAUGAUAAUUUUGAGCCAAAGGUUGCAGAUUUUGGACUCGCCAGAUUGCCAUUAGAGGCCUGUAUCAUGACUCGAGUAAUGGGAACUAAGGGGUACAUUGCUCCAGAAUUUGCUAUGAGCGGCAAUUACUCUGAGAAGUCAGAUAUAUUCUCCUUUGGCAUUGUGCUUUUAGAGCUUAUUACAGGACGACAACCUGUUAAUGAUCCUGAGAAGUACCAGCAAGGAAGUUUGUAUGAGUGGGCGACGACGUUGUUGUCGGAAGCUUUGAGAAACAGAAACUUUGAGGAACUUGCUGAUGCAAGGUUGCAGGGAAAGUACGACCCGGCAGAGAUGUUUCGAAUGGUUUCUUGUGCUGCUAAUUGCGUUCGCCAUUCAGCUGAGCGUCGUCCUCGAAUGAGCGAGGUGGGUAAAGCUUUAGAAGGAGUGAUUUCCCUGGAUAAUGAUUUGACGGAGGACCCCGCCGCACUACAUCAACGGGAAGCAUACGCGGAGACGUUGAGAAGGAUGGUAGCAGGAACAAGGAGCACGCCGGUCCCAUCUGAUCAAUUUCGCCCCCUCGAGGAUUAGUUCUGGUCGACGGCUCCAAAAUAUCCACAUAACUAUGAAUUUAAAUUGUGAAAUAUCUCUUUGUUUGGAUUAUGGUAAUUUCCUUGAACUUCCGUAAGCUGAAUGUUGUAUUGGAAUUA